AUGCGACGGCGGGCGUCCGGUCGAAAUCCAGUCACCGUUCGGCAAGUGGAAACCAAGCGCAAGCCCCAAGUCGAACACGAUCCAUUAAUUCGGAGUGAUGUUCUUGUUUCGGCCUCAUCUGAGUCGUCUCCAACUUUGCGCACUCCCUCACUCAAGACCCCAUUGAAAUUAACCAACAAGACCCCGUCGGCGGCUGAACUAUCCUCUACAUUGGAGCACUUAGAUGAAGACCAAGAGCCAGACCCGGACCCAGAUCAGGCCCGCGAGUGCUACACCGCACAUGGGCGGUUUGCUGGCGAAGUCACAGCAGCAAUAGAUGUGAGGGCUGGUCUUGCUCCGGCUGCCACAUCACACCUCGUCCCGUUCGUAGAUGCGCCCUUGUUCGGAGAGAUAGACCUGCACUCUCCUCCGUACAAUGUCUCUGAUUUUCCUGCUGGAUUACCUCCUCGCGCAUAUGCUGAUAGGCUCGUCCGUAUAUAUUGGCAAUAUGUAGAUCCUGUGGAGCCCAUCUUGGGCCGAGAACGCUUCUUCCGCGACUAUGAGGCGUCGUACUCAAAAACUCAUGCAUUGCUCCACGCGGACCGUGACGUCUGGUUCGGCAUACUCAAUGCUGUCUUUGCCCUGGCAGUGCAGAGGCAAGAAUCGAUCCCUCUACAGAAACGGGAUGAAGAGUCGCAUCACUAUUUUCAGCGCGCGUGGGCACUUCUCCGACCCGAAACUAUUCUCUGGGAGCCUGGAACGAUCGAGCUUGUACAGUGCUUGAUUCUCAUGAACCGAUACCUCCAUUGCACCAACAACCAACAGAAAACAUGGAUGACGGCGGGGCUGGCGACACGAAUCGCCCAGAGUAUGUGUUGUCAUUUGGCCGAGACGUCUUCAGCGAAAGAUUCUUGCAGCGACACGCAGUUGAAACAGCAGGUUUGGGCUAGCUGUGUUGCCUUGGACCGAUGCGUUUCCUGGUCACUCGGCAGGACAUCGGCGCCGUCUCUGAUACCCUUACCAAACAGGGCCAACUCCAUGUGCUUAGGCGGCAGCGACCAACACAGCGGUAGGUAUGCCGAGCGUCUCGCACGGGAACUGGAACUUCACGAAAUUGGCAAUCAGAUUCAGUUGGCACAGACACAGACUCGGAACACUCUCGCUGCCAGAUUGGGACUGCCACGUCUGUAUCAACAAGACGAAUACCACACCGUGGCGGUACAGCUAGACGCCUGCCUCGACAAAUGGGAGAAAGAUCUUCCCAGCGAUUGGAAGUUGCAAAACCUUCAAAAGGUUGUCGACAGGGGGUCUCGAGCAGAACGAUAUUUACUUCACCUUCGCCUUCUUCACUCUCGAAUCUACCUGUACAGGCCCAUGCUCGCACGCUUCUACUCGAGUAAAUCCCACACGGCAACAGGUCAGGCAACAUCCACGCCUCCCAGCCUAAGCGACCGGCUUCUCAGGGAAUGUGCUGGAAUGUGCGUUGAAACAGCGCAAAGGGUCACAUCUUUGAUCAUCGAGACAAUUGAGCCAAAUGAACCAAUGGGUCUCCUGCCAUGGUGGUACCGAAUCUACUAUUUACACAUCGCGGGAACCAACUUUCUGGCAGCCAUGUUCCGAUCGGACCUGUUCACCGAGUCGGUAUCGCAAUCUUGGAAAGAUGUCAUGUCGGCCCUCCGCACGCAUGAACAUUUGAGUACAUAUGUCCAACAAUGCAUCCGGACCUUUGAAAGGCUCUCCACGAGGAUCCUGGGGACGAGAUAUCCUACACCAGAUGGCAGUGGGGAUGCACCGCUUGAGGAGGCAAUUUCUGGGUCCUUGUUUGACGAUAUUUUCCAGGAUUUGGGUGUCGAUUGCGAUAACUUCCUCUUUGGCAUGGAGGAUUACACUAAUGGUUAG